AACAAACUAAGGCAGAUACUUCUGUUAAUACUAAUACUGGUCAUUCGUCGUUAAAACUUGAUCAUGAUACACGUUCUUCACUUGCCGCACGUCAGCUUUCACAAUUAAUAAUUCAUGAAUCUGAUGAAGUAACUGAUGAAUUUGUUGAUGCCGUAGAGAGACAAGAAGAAAAUCACUUCAAUAAUGAUCAUAGUGAACCAUCCCUCAUCAAAGAGCUUACUUCUCACUCGAAACGAUCAAAUUCUUCACGUUCAUUACCAACUCUUUUAGAAUCUGUUCCAGAAGAACCAAUUAUACGUUGGGGUGAUAAUGAAUAUUCUAGUAAUGCUUCAUCGCUUGCUCUUUCGGCACUGUCUUCACAAACUGCACCAGCGUAUCAUAUCAGUCUUCUUCGGCAUAAACAUUCAAAUUUAUUUGCUCAACAAGUUAAU